ACCCGCCGCUGCUGCGGGACUGGGGCUUGUCAACCAGCCUCCCCCAGCCCGGCCUGUUCUCUCCUUCCAGGGGCCGGGGCCCAGGAGUUCCAGCUGCUGCAGCCCCAGGGCGCCGUGUGGGUCUCAGCGGGAGAGACUCUCACACUGAACUGCUCUGUGACUGGGCUCGAGCCAGUAGGACCCGUGAAGUGGUUCAAGGGCUCGGGCAGUGGCCGCCAGCUCGUUUUUGCAGAUAAGGAAUCAUUCCCCCGGGUGACGCGGGCUGUGAGUGGCUCUAACACAGACUUCACCAUCCACAUCAGUGACACCCGCCCCGAGGACGCCGGGAUCUAUCGCUGUGUGAAGUUUGUGAAGGGGUCGGUAGUCGAUGAGGAGUUCAGAUCCGGCGCUGGCACCGUCGUGUCUGUGAGGGGUGAGUGCGAGCUCCCCCCAGCCCCACGCCCCUCCCCACCGGGGGCUGGGACCAGGGCGGGGAACAACCCAGCUCGGCCCAGACACUGACCGGGGA